AUGGUUGAGGGGACCGCAGCCCACCUAUGGAUGAGCUGGACAACUUUCUGCCUGCUGGCUGCUGGCGUGACGUUAACGUCUGAAACCCUCAGGCUGUGUCCACCAACCUGCCGCUGCAACAUCACGACCCUGGAGGUGAACUGCUCCAGUGGUCAGCUCACCAGUAUACCCAGUGGUCUCCCCUACGAGUCGAAGCUGCUCAACCUAACUCACAACAUGAUUAAGACUCUUGUGCAUCAGCAGUUCCACAAUCUGACGCAGCUGUUGCACCUCGAUGUAAGCGACAACCUUUUAACGCUAGUUGAAGUGGAAGCCUUCCUCGGCCUGCACAGCCUGUUGACGCUGCGCGUUCCUCGUAAUCGCCUCGAGGUUAUUUCAGUGGGAGUGUUUGCCGGAUUGAGGAACUUGCAGUUACUGGACAUAAGCAGCAAUAAGAUUCUUGUGUUGCUAGAUUUUACCUUCAGGGACUUGGCGUCCCUGGAGUUCUUCGCAGCAGAUGGGAAUGACUUUGUUUUCAUUUCUCCUCAAGCUUUCACUGGGCUGUCCAGUUUGAAGAAGCUGGAGCUCGAUGGGCGUAAUCUCACUGCCGUGCCAACAGAGGCGCUCGCCCAGCUGAGUGAGCUCAGAAGCUUUCAUCUUCACCAGCUGGACCUCACCACAUUGCCAAACUACUCGUUCCGAUCCCAAGUGCGCCUCAAGGAACUUGUCAUUUCUCAUUUCUCCAGGCUGAAGACUCUGUCAGGAAACAGCCUCUUUGGCCUCAAUCUCACCUCCUUAACCAUCCAACACUGCAACCUCAGUGACGUUCCUUACACCCCUUUACAUCCCCUGGUAUAUCUCAUCUACCUUGAUCUUUCUUUUAACCCAAUCACCUGCAUUCAAGGGAACCUGCUCGGGGAUUUACUCCGGCUCCAAGAGUUUCGCCUGGUCGGGGGUUCAUUGACAUGCAUCGAGGGCGGCGCGUUCAAGGGUUUGGCGCAUUUAAAAGUGUUGAACGUCUCCACAAACCGUCUCACUACGCUCGAGGUAGAAUCGUUUCAUUCAGUGGAGACCCUGAAAACUUUGGGGCUCAGUAACAACCCAUUAGCAUGCGACUGCCGUUUGCUUUGGGUGGUGCAAAGACAGCAGUACAUGGAGUUUGACGGGCAGCCGCCAGUUUGCUCUGCCUCCGUCCAGCUGCAGGGCUGGAGUUUUUUAGACUUCCCCGAGAACGAGCUCUCACAUCUUCUCACCUGCCGUCUGCCGCAAAUUCUAAACCCCAAAUCUCAACAAGUGAGAGUGGAUCAAGGGCGCACUGCAGCGUUUCACUGCAGCGCAGAAGGUGACCCUCAGCCAUCUGUCAGCUGGCUUAAUCCUCAGCUAAGGCACAUUUCAACCACAGGUAGAAUACGCGCUCUGUCUAAUGGUUCUCUGGAGGUUCGCUACGCUCAGCCUCUUGAUAGUGGUACUUAUAUCUGCGUGGCAUCAAAUGCAGCAGGAAACAAUAGUCUGCCCUUCAAACUUUCUGUUCAAGCUCUUCCAUCGUCUUCAAUAAGCCUUUUUCGUCCUAAAAGUUGGUCUGCCUCUCCUUCUGCUUCUCCAGGUGAGGCUCAGAAGCUCCCGAUCGACAUGAAGACGUUACUAAUAGCAGCGACGAUUGGGUUUUUCUCCUUCUUCAGCUCAGUGACAGUUUGUUUCAUUUUCAUGUUCUUCUGGAGUAAAGGCAAAGGGCAAAUCAAACAUACCGCCACGAUCGCGUACGUGCCACGAAGCGCCGUGUCCAACAAUAAUACAAGGACAGGAAACUACAAGGAGCCCGGCAGGUUCACCAUGAAGCUAAUAUGA